AUGACCGCCCCUGCUCCGACUCUUGCCCAGUUCCGCUCGAUCUACCGGUCGCUGAUGCGCGCUGGCCGCGGCUUCCACGCGUACCACUACCGGACGUAUGCCCAGCGCCGCGUGCGUGAUGCCUUCCGCCAGGCGCACCCUGCCCAGGGGGAGGCUGCUGCCGCGCCCGAGGUCCUGACUGCCCGGUACCAGGAGUGCCAGAACACCCUGGGCUUGAUCCAGCGCCAGGCUCUGAUUAACCGCCUCUACUCCACCGAGCCGAUCGUCAUCGAGAAGUAG